AUGGAACGAAAAAUUCUUCUUCUUGGAUCAGGUUACGUGGCUGGUCCGUGCUUGGAUUACUUAUGGAAACGCCCAGAAAACAUCAUCACAAUCGGUGCUCGUCGCAAAGAAGCUGGCGUCGAAUUAGCUCAAGGACGUGACAGAAUCAUUGCUGUCGCUGUCGAUGCUGCUGAUGAAGCUGCCCUGGAUGCUCAGGUCGCACUCCACGACAUCAUCAUCAGUUUGAUCCCUUACACUCAACACGCCAAAGUUAUCAAGUCUGCUGUCAAACACGGCAAACAUGUCGUCACCACUUCCUACAUUUCCCCAGCCAUGAUGGAAUUCGAUCAAGCCGCCAAAGACAAGAACUUGACUAUAUUCAAUGAAAUUGGUGUCGACCCUGGUAUCGAUCACUUGUACGCUGUCAAGGCAAUCAGUGAAGUACACCAACUUGGUGGCAAAAUCGUCGGCUUCACGUCAUACUGUGGUGGUCUCCCUGCUCCUGAAGCCUCAAACAAUCCAUUGGGAUACAAAUUCUCAUGGUCGGUUCGUGGUGUAUUGAUGGCUUUGAGGAAUAACGCUAAAUUCUUGGAAGAUGGCAAGGUCGUCGAUAUUGAAGGCCCACAGCUUAUGGACUCUGCCAAACCUAUUUUCAUCUACCCUGGCUUCGCUUUUGAAGGUUAUGCCAACCGUGACUCUACUCCUUACAGUGAACGAUACCAUAUACCUGAAGCCAAAACCGUCAUUCGAGGAACUCUGAGAUAUCAAGGAUUCCCCAAAUUCAUCAAAGCUUUGGUGUUAUUGGGUAUGCUGUCAGAAGAGCCACUGGACUAUCUCGCAGCCUCAGCUGCUCCCAUUACUUGGAAGAAUGUUAUGGCCCAGCUUUUGGGUGUCUCCAGCCAACAAGAGUCGGAUUUGAUUACAGCCGUCAUAGAAAAAGCUCAUUUGAAAGGUUCAGAAGCAGAACGUAUUACUCGAGGUCUAAAGUGGCUGGGAUUAUUUUCUGAUGACCAAGCUCCCAAAGCUGGAAACAUUAUGGACACAUUGUGUGCUACUUUGGGUGCCAAGAUGCAAUAUCAAGAAGGAGAACGUGAUAUGACCAUGCUUCAACACGUCUUUGACUGCGAACUCCCUGAUGGUACCAAGCAAAUUCGAACCUCUACUGGUCUUUGGUUUGGUGAACCCAGUGGAGUAACCUCCAUGGCCAGGACUGUUGGUGUCCCUUGUGGUAUCACCACUCAACUCAUUCUCGAUGGUGUCAUUACUCGUCGCGGUGUCGUGGCUCCUAUGGACAUGGAAGUCAUCCAACCAAUUCUGGAAAAGCUGGAAGGAGAGGGUAUCUACAUGAAGGAGGAAAUUCUUUGA